AUGGUGGUUAAAAUUCGAACAACGUUGUAUGCCUUCUGGCUAUCUUCGUGCUCUUGGCGAGUGCGCGCCGGCCUGCAUUUCAAGAAUAUACCAUUCGAAGAAAAACCUGUGGACAUUCUUCGUGAGAAGCGCCAUCUAACGGAAAAGUUCCGUAUUAUCAACCCGGCACAAAAAGUUCCCGCGCUUGUUAUAGAUGGAACAACUAUUAUCGAAUCGAUGGCAAUUCUUCAGUAUUUAGAAGAAACGCGCCCAGAGCCAACGUUGAUGCCCAAUACUCCGCUCCUGAGAGCCCGCAUGAGGGAAAUAUGCGAGAUUAUUGUAUCGGGGAUCCAACCGCUGCAAAACGUAGGCUUGCAGAGUCACUUUGAAACUAAGGAGAAAUUCCACACGUUUUCAAAAUACUGGACGGAGCGGGGCCUGCAAACUCUUGAAAACCAGCUGAAAAAUACAUCAGGCCACUACUGCGUUGGAGAUCAAAUAUCCAUGGCCGAUCUCUGUCUUGUUCCACAGUUGUAUAAUGCUGUCACAAGGUUCCAGAUGGACUUAAAACAACACCCGACGGUUUCUAAAUUUUACGAAAGUUUAUUACAAGAAGAACUUUUUAAGGAAACGCACCCAAAGAAUAUCAAUAAAAAUAUUAAAGAGUAA